CCGUAAUUACAGCUCUCAGGGAGAAGUAGUCAAUUCCAGAACAACACGCGCCCUUUCUCAUCUUUAAAUAUAGACAAAAUUUGAAGAUUGAGGAAAAAUGGAGCGCCGCUGUCUGUGGGUCUUUACCUUUGUGUUGCAACUGUGCAUUUUGUUCUCGCUUUGUCAAGCAGACAAACGGGCAAUAAGGGACACGAUAUCUGAGGCUGUUAAAGUAUAUAGUCGCUGUAACACUGCCAACUGCAGUUGCCAUCUUAAGGUCCUGCAGCAAGACUUGGGUCCCUUUCAUGGAGGAAUUUCGGAGGAUGUCAUGGGUUCGACAGUUCAAAGAGGGGUUGGCACCCACUACCAGCUCAUUGGACAUAAAUUAUACAGGGAGCGUAACUGCAUGUUCCCAGCCAGGUGCAGUGGGGUUGAGCAUUUCAUAUUACAGGUAAUUGACAAGUUACCUGAUUUGGAGAUGGUGGUAAACGUCAGGGAUUAUCCUCAAGUGCCCAACUGGGUGCAGCCACCCUUGCCUGUUUUCUCCUUCAGUAAGACUUCAGACUACAAGGACAUCAUGUACCCAGCGUGGACGUUUUGGGAGGGGGGCCCUGCUGUCUGGCCCAUAUAUCCCACCGGACUCGGGAGGUGGGAUCUAAUGAGGCACGAUCUCAAAAAGUCUGCAGCUCAAUGGCCAUGGCAGAAGAAAGAGUCCAAAGUAUUCUUCAGAGGAUCAAGAACAAGUCCAGAGCGUGACCCUCUGAUCCUCCUUUCUCGAGACAUGCCAGAGCUGGUAAAUGCAGAAUACACAAAGAACCAGGCCUGGAAGUCUGACAAGGACACUCUUGGGAGACCACCAGCCAAAGAAAUCUCACUGGUUGACCACUGCAAGUACAAAUAUUUAUUCAACUUCCGAGGAGUGGCGGCCAGUUUUCGUUUCAAACAUCUCUUUCUUUGCGGUUCACUGGUGUUUCACGUGGGGGACGAAUGGCAAGAGUUUUUCUACCCACAGCUCAAGCCCUGGGUGCACUACAUCCCGGUGAAGCAGGAUCUCUCUGACGUCAGUCAUUUUUACAGGAAGGCCACUCCUAUGGAGUGUGGCUACAUUGCUGAACUUUACAUUUUGGAGACAUUUUACCACGGGCUGAAGACACCUAGAGAUACUUUUGUGACCCUUUCCAAGAACUACUGCAGUUUGUCAAAGACAAUGAUGCCAUCGCACAAGAAAUUGCCAUUAGAGGUAUGGAGUUCAUCUCGGAGCACCUACAAAUGCAAGAUGUUUCAUGCUACUGGGAACGACUCCUCACAGAGUUUAGUCAGCUUCUCACCUACCAACCCAAAAGACAAAACAACUACAGUCGGAUCAUGCAGAAGCCCAGCAAGACUGAACUAUGAUAAUGACACUGUGCAAGUUGGAGUGAAUGGAAAACAAUAGAAUGUAAACUUGUAAAAUUGCUCAAGCGAUUUUUACCCGAUGUAAUUUUCUGUGAGAAGCAAUCUUCUCAUUCCCAUGGGGAUCCACAGCUCACUGGAGGGAAGCAUAAAGUUGAAUAUGUUGUAGUAUUCGUGUUAUACUUUGUGCAGUUUGUAUUUCGUUAGUAAAUGUGUUAAAGAUGAUCCACAGAUAUGUUUACUUGACCAAAAAUCAGUGAUGAUGUGUCUGGUCUAAGUAUAGGACAGCCAAGCUUUUAACAGGGUUACUGUGUUUCUGCCAAUAAAACUGUGGUACCUGAUAAAACUGUGGUACCUGAUAGAUAUAUAAGUACUCAUACAGUUUGAAGAUUAAUUUUGUUUUUCUGUUAAACAAAUAGCAAGAUUGAUGGGGGUGGUUGGAGAAUCUAGAGGUUGACGAUGAUGGAAAAUCUGAUGUAAGAAAAGCACAAAAUUAAACAUUCUCUAAUCUGAAAAACAGUCGUGGUUAUUAAUUAAUUUUGCAGUUUUUUUGUUUGUCAGUUCACAACUUUAGCAGAGUUAUGGGAACACUUGAUAGCAUAAAAGUUGAGCCCAAUACUAGUGAACAAUAACAUGCAAAUUGUUGUUGUAAAUUCUUUUUCCUUUGUGCCAAUUUAUCGAAACUGGUAUUGUAUAAAUUUCUCACUAAAAAUAAAUUUAUGUUUGUAUUUUA